AUGGAGCAUGAUUCGGAUUUGCCCGACCGAGACCUGUUGAAGGGUUAUCUUGUAUCGAUGGCAUACAGUCUUCCGGUCAGGCAGGUAGUAAACGGUAGGGCUAGAAUGGCACGGCUAAUGCAUGCAUCAUCAGAUACUGAUCCGAGAAAAGGAAUUCGGAUUGCUCCACGGAUAAAGUCAUCAAUUCAGCCUGUCCCGGACAAGUACCGGUAA